AUGCUCCGUAUCUCGGGGCGCAGAUGCAAAAACAGCGCAAGCGCUGCGAGUACCAAGUGGAAGAGCAGUGACAGCCCACCCACACAGUACAGAAAGAUAAGCCUAAAAUGGGGCGAAAAAAAUUUAUCGCUACACGUAUUCGACCUAGUUCCACGAAAUAAGAACAAUGCUGAAAUACUGGAAAUGAAAAGUAUGAAUAUAAUUAAAGACAUUUCCAGCACAAAUUACGAUUUUGCAAUAUUCGGAAUAGGCUAUGUAGAUUAUGAUAAAAUUUUGAAAUCUUUUAACAGAGCUGAAUUGGUUAGGAGAAAAAUGAUUGACUCGAUUCACUCCAAUAUGAAAAAAGUGAAUGGUCAGUACAUUUCGCCGAUCCAACAAUGUCUCCUUUUGAAUGUCCCUCACUUCUGCCUAGGUAGAGAUAGGCUAACCGAAUUGGCAAGUAUUGGCACGGCUAUCUUUAGUAACCCGAAGGAAAUAUUUUCCCUGCUGUACUACUUCCUCGUCAACAGUGAUAAGGCAGUUUCGGGCAGCUCAGACGUAGCUCCCCGUGGUGAUAGAAACAAAAGAGACGAUAUAGAAUUAAACUUAGAGAAUCAUGCACCCCAUUUUUACCACGCACUAAUUGCAGAAAAUGCUCUCUACCUAAUUUACAACUUGCAUGCAAUUCUGCUGAAAGUAUUUAGGUCCAAAUUUUAUCACCCCCCAAAUGGUAGCCAUCAAGAUAGAAGUAGGAAUAAGUAUGAGACUAGCAAUUUAGAGAAAAAAGGUUUUAAACAAAAACUUCUUUCCUUCUUUAACGAAACAACAUAUGACGAAAUAAACGAAUUCAGAAAUCAAAUGAAAAAAACAGAGUUAUAUGCAGAGUAUGAAUUAAGUCCGGAAAAGAAAGACGUCAAAAUUUUAGUCGUCUGUGAUACUAUAUGUGUAGAUUAUUUUUGCAAUUAUGUAAAGAAAAAUUUGCACUUGUGGAAAGACGUUACUCCAUUUUACCAUGAGAUAUUUGUACUAGAAAAGAAAAGCACUUACAAGUUUUCCCUUUCGUUGUUUUUGUUUAUUUUUGCGCCGGUUGCAUGGACAUUGACGCUGUUGCUAAGGUACUUGUAUCACCUGUGGGUUGAAUACUUCACCAAGGGGAAGAUCAUCACUGUUGGGGGGGACGCAUUCUUCCAGAAUUCGAAAUUGAUCGAUACUAGCGACGAGAAUUCCGACUUGGAUAAAAACUACCACGAACUGCUCACCUCCCUGCACCAUGACAAGGCUGAGUUUGAGACCGUCAGCUUGCUCGGGGGCUUAUUGCAGUGGUUUAAAAAUAAGAGCCGCAGUUAG